GGUAUCCGGACUCGGCCGUUUACACGGUAUGUUCCAGUCCAGAUGGCAACCGGCUGGUGUCUGGCGAUAGCGCGAACGGGUGAUUGUAAGUGAUACUUUUCCUAGGUAACUUGAUAGCUGAAGGAUGUAGCCACUAAUGGUCUAUCUAGAACCGGAAUGUCGAAAAUGAGUCGGUUCUCUGACCCUUCGAAGGCCACACCGACGAAGUGUAUGCAGUGUGUUGGGCUCAGGAAGGAGAAAACUAUUGUGACCAGCAGCACCGACGCCACCAUCAGGGUGCGGGAUGCAGAGACUGCCACUCGCGUCUACACUCUGUCGACAAGCUCGGGGGCGAAAUCUGUUGCAAUCUCAUACGAGCAUUCUGUUCUAGUCGGCGGAUGCGCUGACGGGCAAGUCAGAUUAUGGGAUCUAAUGACUGGCAAUCAGUUCCCGUAUCAAACUGGCAAGGACGGCCACUCCGGCGGUAUUUUUGCUGUUGAUAUUCCACACAACACGAAACCGAAGAGUGAUCGUUCCACUCAGGUUAUCACUGCAAGCGUUGACAAGACGAUCAAGCUCUGGACUUCAUCAGCGAAUUUCCUGGUGUGUAUCAGGGCAUGGACAAGCCACAGGGUACUAAGGUCCAUUGCUCAGUCCCUAACCGUCCGUCCGAAAUGCGGCGUCAGCUAACGCUAACGAACGCCAAGAAAUUGUAAAUCGGGGCUGCUUUAUUGGCACAUCAGCGCGUGCCGAUAUCCAUCUCGGGGUCCGAAGAUGGAUGUUUGGCUUUCGGAACCCGAGCUCGGAAGAGGCACAAGCAGUGGUGCGGCCUGUUAGUCCCUCCAACGAGAACUCUGUCUUCGCCAUUUCUGCUGCUCCAGGACCAGGUACCAGCCACAUUCUUGCUACGGCCCACGGUGAUGGAGUAGUCCGUCUCUCGAACGUUUCGAUUGACUAGCCCUGCUUUUCGCAAAAUUUUGACCAGACAAGAGUAAGGUACUCAUGAAGAGGUAUCAGCGUGAUUGUCUGG